GUCUAAAGAGAAAGUAAGCUUUUGUAUAUUUAUGUUUUGAAUUGCUCGAGUGCAAUUUUGUUAUUUGUUUUGUAUUUGUUUUAUUCACAUGUGUAUUGGAUAGUUGCAUGUAGUCCUAGGAAUAUUUUUUGGUAGUUAUUUUUUCUAUUUGUUCCAAUUACAUGUUUGAAUUGUUGAUCAAGAUUUAUUUGAUCAAUAAAUGUCUUUUCAACAUACAUAGAGUUUUUGUUGUAAAGUAAGGAGGAGGCAUAAAAGUCUUUAUAAUAGUCGAAAAUGUUACCAGAAUGAUUCAUAAAGGUCAUAAUUCGUUUUGUUUAUAUAUAGAAUUAAAGUGCUGAAUGCCACCUGCUUCUUUUCAAUUGUUUGACAAACCAGUAUCAAGUGAUCAUUAUCAUAAAAGAUAAUUCUAGUAGACGGUUUCUAGUGUUUGAAUAGCCACUUUGCAUUUUGAUAUCGACAGCUAACAUUGUAUUACAGUAAUUUACAAAGUGAAAAUUACAAAAAUUAAUAUGUUAUUUGAGGAUCAGGCAAUGUAAAACUGGAAUUGAACAUGACGGAGGGAGGCUUGUUCACGUCUGCACAUUCAGUAAGAAACUAUAGAAAAGAGAAAACCAUGACCCGUUCUAGCAUAAAAGACACUGGAAUACGUCCAUCGCCCUAUCAGGAAGAAAAGGACAUCAGAGAGAACAAACUCAACCCUAAAGAUACGGUUCGAGUAGAGGUCUUACAGGAAAAAAUUAAAAUAGAUUCCAAAAAUCACGAAAAGGAGAAAAGAAAGAUCACGUCCGAAAAGGACCACACUAUAAAUCGUCUGGAAACGGAUAACGAAAACCUCAAAAUCGAGGUGGUCAUGAAGUCCGACAAAAUUAAGCAGCUGGAUAUUGCCAAUGAUAAGAAGGACUUUCUACUUCAACAGAAAGAAAAUAUCAUCAAAGGGAUGCGCGAUGAAAACGAAAACCUCAAGCAGCGUGUUGAGGACCUUCAUCAGGAAAUAAAACACCUAGAAGGCGAAAGGGAAAAGAUUUCCGAAAAACAUAACCAGACAAUGUCGACGGUAGAGCGGCAAAGCGACAGAAUAAAGGAAAUGGAAGAAAGAAUCACGGCACUGAAAACUGAGCUCGAUAAAGUAAAAUCAGAAAGAGAAAUCCAUGAAAAGAAAAUGAUGGAGAAAAUUACGAUGAUGGGAGAUAAAAUGGAAGCCCGUGAAAAAGAAGCAAGAUGUCGCGAGGAAGAACGGGAGAGGAAGAUGGAAAAAAGAGAAAAACAGAGAGAAGAGGAAGCGAAACGGAGAGAGCGACUACGGGAAGAAGAAUCCAUAAAACGAGAGAGAAAAAACAGUGAAGAGGCCAAGAAAAACAUGCAAAGGGUGGAGGAGAAAAUGGAGAUGAUUAUGAGUCAACUCGUUCGCAGCACAAAUUUAAUACAAGAAGAUAUCAAAUCAAAUGCUAGAGGUAUACCCAGAAAUGACAAUUUAGUAAUCACGGAAGCGAAACAUUUUCAGAUCCAAAACGACAACCAUUAUUACGGAGAUCACAAUCAUGUAAGACAGCCAGACGCUGUCAACAGAGGAAGAAUACAACCACAAACUCUGUAUUCGUUUCCUGCGACUUCAUCACAAAGCAGAAGAAGGAUAAACCCACGAAAUCUGUACAGAUGAUGCUGUUUUAUCAUAAUGAUGAAAUACAUUUCAAACCAGAAGGGGGAUAAACCAACGACAUCUGAACAGAUGAUUGCUGUUAUAAAAUUUAGAAAUUCAUCUCAAAAUUAAGGAUUAUCUCCCUCGUGCAUAGCUCUUACCCUUGGACGAAUUUGGCUCCACUUGUUUGGCACGCUGUUUUUGGCUAUAUUUAGAUCUAAAACUUCAUAGUUAUUUCGGAUUUCAAACAUUUCGGUUGAGCAUCACUGAAGAGACAUUAUUUGUCGAAAUGCGCAUCUGGUGCAUCAAAAUUGGUACCGUAUACGUUUUACAUGAUGCUGUUUUAUUAUAAUGUUUCUGUGUUUUGUUCUUUAUUUGUGUUGUGUUUCUUACACAUGUGCAGUAUAUAGACACUAGAUUAAGUUACUAUGAACAUCUCUUCCAUAUAAUUGCUGUAAAUUUGAAUUGCAAAAUAGAUUUAUUUUCGAAUACUUCCGUUAACUUGAAAUUGCUCAACAUUUGGAUAUUGGGCCACAGAUUGAUAUACAGUGGUUUUAUCAAUUUUAAUUUGUAUCAAAUGUAGUCUUGCUAAAUAAAAGAAUGCUUUCUAAAAGAAAUCAAAAG